CCCGGCCCCGAGCCCGCGGCAUGGCAGGCGUCGUGGUGAGCGGAACGCAGGUGUCCUACAUUAGUCAGGACUGUGAAGAAAUUCCAGAAUUCCUGGGAAGAAAAUAUGGACAUAUGGCAAAAAGGCUAGAUCUGAGCUUCAACUUGUUAAGGUCACUAGAAGGACUGAAAACAUUCAGUUACUUGGAAGAACUGAUCUUGGACAACAAUCUACUCGGAAAUGACCUUCUGUUACCCAGGUUACCCCACCUCCACACCUUAACGCUCAACAAGAACCAAAUAACAGAAUUAGAAAGCCUUUUGGACCAUUUGGCUGAAGUUGUGCCCUCACUACAGUAUCUCAGUUUGCUUGGAAACAUUGCUUGCCCAAAUGAACUGGUCUGCAAAGAAAAGGAUGAAGAUGAUUACCAGAGAUACAGAUAUUUUGUCCUGCAUAAAUUGACAAACCUGAAAUUUCUCGAUACUCGGAAAGUAACCAGGAGGGAGAGAGAGGAAGCCUUGAUAAGAGGUGCCUUCAUGAAAGUGGUUAAGCCCAAGGAUGCUAAGGCCUCCAGUGCUGCUGCCUCUGCCUCUCCAGAGAUGCACUACACACCUCUGCCCCCCGGAUCCAGGGACCUCACCAACCACCGAGGCAUUUUGGGGAAAUGUCGCUACAUUUACUAUGGAAAACAUUCCGAGGGCAACAGAUUCAUCCGAGAUGACCAGCUAUAA